GGAGCCUGUUUGUCCCCUGUCAGGUGUAAAUCAGGGCCCGUCUCUCUCUGGGAGCCGUACUGGAGUAUCAGCUCUUCUGUGUGCACAAAACACUGCUUUAUGGACUCCACUGUUAGGUCUGAGCCGCAGCGUCUGCAGCCGGUGCAGUUGGCCGUGGUGGCGUGCGGAUCCAGACUGCAGGAGACUCUCACCAUGAUCAAAUCCGCCGUCAUCUUCAGCCGCAGUGAACUGCACUUCCACAUCUUCGCUGAGGAGGAUCUGCAUGCUGGAUUCAGAGACACGCUGCAGUCAUGGCCGCAGAGGGUUCGCUCCAGGUUCAGCUACAGCAUUUAUCCCAUUAGCUUCCCAUCAGAGAACGCCAGAGAGUGGAGGAAACUCUUCAAACCCUGCGCUUCACAGAGACUCUUCCUGCCUCUGAUCCUGAAGCAGGUGGACUCAGUGCUGUAUGUGGACACUGAUAUCCUCUUCCUGCGGCCGGUGGAGGACAUCUGGAGCUUCCUGUCCUCGUUCAACCGCAGUCACGUGGCGGCGCUGGCACCUGAACACGAGGAGCCUCGCAUGGGCUGGUACAACCGCUUCGCUCGACACCCAUACUACGGUAAAACUGGAGUCAACUCAGGAGUGAUGCUGAUCAACAUGACGCGCAUCAGACACACACACUUCAAGAAUGAUCUGUCAGCGAUGGACCUGAGCUGGUCUGAUCUCCUGAUGCCGCUGCUGAACAAAUAUAAGCUGAACAUCACCUGGGGGGACCAGGACCUGCUCAACAUCAUCUUCCACUACAACCCCGAGAGUCUGCUUGUGUUCCCCUGCCACUGGAACUAUCGGCCGGAUCACUGUAUUUAUGGCAGUAACUGCGCCGCCGCUGAACAACACGGCAUCUACAUCCUACACGGCAAUCGAGGCGUUUACCACGAUGACAAGCAGCCAGCAUUCAGCGCCGUUUAUAACGCCAUCCAGCAG